AUGGAAGAACUACCCUCUUGUUCUGAAAAGAAAGACAGUGAAGAUAACAAUGAAACUUUUGUUACAUGUGUUGACACAGAUGAUCUUGAACAAGCAAAGGGGUUGGCGGGUACUACAAAAAAUAUUGAAAGUGAAAAAACCCAAAACUCUCCGAGUCUUGGUUUAGGUACUCCUUGUUCAGAGAAAAUUGUAAGCACUGCUACAGUGGCAGCAGGAGAAACAGCAUUCAAAGUAGCUUCCAAAGCUGAUGAAACUAAUUCUGAUAAUUUGGGUCAAUCAGCUGUUGUAAGUAAUCAGUGUGUAGAUGUUACUCUGGCUCAGGAAUCUCUGGAUAGCUUCAGGAGUGCAGUAACUAGUCCAGUAGUUCAAACUUUAGAGUCUUCGAGCAUGACUGAAUAUGACACCCCCAACACUUCUGUUUCUUCCAAAUCUUCAUUGGUGCCUGAAUCUCAAGUCAAGGUCAGUGUAGGUGGCACUUCCCCAUGCAAAGCAUUAAUUUCCCUUGUAGGAUAUGGAGAGUCAGACAGUGAUGAUGACAUGGAAGCUGAUGCUGAAGUUGAGGAAGUUCAGCAGGCAUUUAGUAAUGAAAAUGAAAAGGAUGAUGCAGAGAUUGUUACAGUACCAACAACAUCCAGCUGUGUCAUUGCACAGGGCAGUGCAGCCACAUCUUUGGAUAACCCUGAAAAGGCUUCAGUUAUUGAUUUAACUACAGAUAACCGUCAUUUUACUGUAGAUCUAGGCAGUGGUACUGAUGAUUCUGAAAGUGACUCUGAUUCAUCGUCUUCAUCGUCUUCCUCUUCCUCAUCCACCGUACCUCUAUCCUCUUCAUCAGAAGAAUCAAGUGAUGAUGAGAUAGUACUUGUGAGACAGACUACAAAGGAUGCACAUCAAACUGGAGAGAAGCCAAAUAAGGAAGGACUUUCCCAUAAGAAAAAGCGCAAUACACUACUCACACCUGGGGAGAUCAGUAUUGAAGACUUGCCUCCUAUAGAAAAUUUAAAGAUUACUGUUCCUGAAGAUAAAAUUCGGGUCAUUGGAUAUGUUUUCAACAUUGUUGAGCAGCAAGUUGUGGUUCAAGGUCAUCAUGGCAUUCCUCCCAUAGACUUGGACUCAGUGUUGUUUCUAGACAAUGGCAAGAAAGUUUUGGGGGUGGUAUUUGAUGUCUUUGGACAAGUUCAGGAACCUCUGUAUGUUGUGCGGUUUAAUUCCAGCGAACAUGUCAAGGAGCUUGGUAUCAAUAAAGGAGAGCCUGUAUUUUAUGCACCAGAAACAGAACAUGCAAGCUUUGUUGUGAUUGAUGAUCUCAUGAGAAUGAAAGGCAGUGAUGCUUCAGGCUUGACUGGUAAUGAAGUUUUGCCAUGUGAAUUGACAGACUUUUCAGAUGAUGAAGAGGAAGCUAAAGUCAAAGGGGUAGUAAAACAGAGUAAGUUUCAGAGUUCAACUGGUGAGUUCCAGCCCAGCCGAAAACGGAGUCGAAAUAUGGGGGGUCGGGAGAAAGGAGCUGGAAAAGAUAGACCUUGCAGGGGUGGUUUGCCUAAUCCUUUCAGUGGCCAGGGUAUGAAAUCAGGGCCUCGUUUUCAUUCAGGACCACGCCCAUUUAUGAAGCAGAGAUUUCCUGGAAAUUCAGGGGGUGGACCACCUUACAUGCAGGGGCCUCGGUUUGAUGAUUAUGGUUGUAGACCUGUUGCACCUUUCCCGAAUCAGUUUGAAAUGAAUGGUAACAUGAACUAUGAUGUAAACUCAAGCCAAUAUCAUGGUAGUCCAAGUCCUGGGCCAAGUAUUAAUUAUCAUCCUAACAGCCCAAGACCAUGGGUUCAACAGAUUCCUAAUCACCAGUUUAGUUGCCAUACUUCAUUUUCAAAUCAGAGACCAGGUUUUCCUCCUGUAAAUGAUGGAAGUAUGCCUCAUCCUGUUCAUACUACUCCCCCUCCUCCUCCUUGUCAGAUUGCUUUUAGUCCCAGACCUCCAACGCCCACCUCGGUAGGUGAGCAUCCAAACAUGGGACCCCCUGUAACUUCAGGACCACCUCCCCGUUUCCAUUCUUAUCCAGUUCCUGGGACACCAGGACCCUCCCCUGGUUCUUCAGGUUUUCAGAAUUUGGGUUCUCCAGUUCCACCUCCAUCCCCUCAUCAUCAUGUUAAUCACCAAAACAUGGCACCCCAGACAUAUUCCUCAUUUCCCCCACAAAGACCCCCUCAUCCUGUUAAUGAAUUUCCUGACAUGAUGCCUCCACCUCAGCCGCACAUUGACAUUUCAAGCCCGCCACCACCAAUGUCACCUGCCAUGAAUGGAGGGUGGAUGCCUCCAAGAAAUGCACCUUCAUAUCCUCCUAAUUCUUUUGCCCCUCCACCUCCACCACCACCUCCUACCCCACCUCCACACCAAUAUCCACCCUAUGCAGUUCCACCACCUUUUCCAAAAUUUUCUUAAUCCUGAAAUACUUAUAAAGACAAAAUUUAAACAAUUGACCUAUGCUUUUUAAGAAUUUUGACAAUUAUUGCAAGAUAAGUCUCCACAAGUUUGGUAAGGUAUAGUAAAUUGGGAAAAUUAUUAUUUUAAAAGAGAAAAAGAAUUUAAACAUUCUUUGUACCUAAACCAAAGCCAAAAACUGUGCUAUUAUAAAUUUCUGUCGGUGAAAGACUUGCCAAUAUAGAAUAAUCAAAGCUUCAAUUUAACCACAUAUUAUUUGAACAUUUUUCAACCGUAUAUUAUUUGGACCUUUUUCAGUGUGAUAGCUUCAAAUUUUUAUCUGUAAUAUAACUGAUUAAUGUCAAUUUAAUUUCAGUGCAUUAAAUAUUUGAGUGAAUGAGGUCAAGUAUUAAAAAGCUUUUUAAUAUACUACCUAGGUUGCAUACAAGAUCACUGUAUUCAUUUGGCUCUGGAAUUAAAUCAUUAUGAAUAGAAUUUGCAUUUUGCUUAUAAGUGUUGUAUGGGAGAGAAAUUGUAUACAUGCAUGAUUUGUUAAUGCUGUGUAAAUUUGUAAAAUAAACCCAUAAAGUUAUGAAA